AUGCGAUCCUCGAGCAGCACGGCAUCGCGGCCAGCCUUGUCGAUAGUAACCGGCUCCGACAAGCUGGAUCUUUUCCGGAUCACCCUUGGCCAGCUGCUUGAUCAACAGGCUGCACAAUACGGCUACAAAAAUGCUCUUUUGGUUGGCUUGACUAAUGCUCGCCUAAGCUUUGAAGAACUAUGCCACCGCAGCAAAGUCCUCGCAAAGGGUUUACUGGCCAUGGGUGUUCGGCAAGGUGAUCAGGUCGCCAUCUUGUUUGGAAAUGAUGAGAGAUUCGUUGAGCUCUUCUUUGCCGUGGCUCGCUUCGCUGCAGUGUUCCGGUGCGUGUUCUAG